UGCUCUUCCCGACCCUGCUGCAGCCCGAACAAAAAAAAAGAAGAAAAGAACCCAGCAAGCCGACAGCCUUUCUUUGAGAAACCGAAUUUUCGGAUCUGCCCUGCUUUGCUCUGUCCUUCCGCCUGCUGCUCCUGCUUUGUGGGGGUGAUUUGCUCCGGUUUUGGCAUGCUUACUUGAAAUUUAAUUGAUUGUCCUGAUGAUUUGAAAGUGAUUGGUGAAUUAUGAUUUUUCCGUUAACUUCUGCCUGUUUUGUCUCCAAUGUGGUCAUGUUAUUAGUGACCCUGUUAGUGGGGAUUAUACACUAGCACAUGUCGACAUGUUAGCGAUAGAGCUGGUUCGUUUGAGUGACCCUACUAGUGGGGAUUAUACGCUAGUAAAUCGUGUGUCUGCCAGUGGGAGGUUUAUAACACUGGCCGUGACCUAUAGAGGAGACGUCUAUUUCAUUCCCAUACUGUAUCCGUUUUUCGUGAUUACACUUGUUGGCAUGUUAUAAGUUUAAUUAAGGGCUAUCCAUAUUUACUUACUGAGUUUAUCUCAUAAUUUUCCUUGUUCACCAUUUCAGGAAGUGAAAUCGAGGACGGGGAAACCACGGGAAGCGAUGAGUUAGAAGGCUAGCCAUUUUGUAAAUUGAAUAUGGAUUUUAGAUGUAGAUCAUGAUCUUGUAAGUUAGACUGUAUUUGGAGAUUUUAUGAUAUUAGAGAAAAUUUUAAAAUAUUAUCUUCAGAUUUUGUGGUAUCAGAUUAUGAUAUGAUAAGUUCCGAGCCUUGUGCAUUUGUGGAACACUCUCACGAGUGCACGGCGUCUACCACGUUCCCAGAUUUGGGUUCUGGGGCGUGACAGAUUUUGUGGUAUCAGAGUUUAGGUUAAAUUAGAUAUAUGGAGAUUUUGUGGUAUCAAAGCAGAAGUUUAAAUUAAGAGCUUAAGAUUAA